AUGAUUUGCCCUUCCCCGGUUUGUUUUCUGUGCUUUUUGCCUCUCCCGGAAUCCGCUCCCGCAAGACCUGGUCACGAUAUAACCCGACUGACUGGGAAGAUUCCACUUUUUGCCAGACCGAUUCCUUCCAUGUGGCAUUCAACGACAGCUCAUCAGCCCAUCUGCCAGCACAAUCAGAAGGUCCACCGUCAAACUGAGGAGGAGGAGGGAAUUACAUACCCGAUUCGUGCUCGGGAAGAAGGGCCUUCACAAGACGUCUCGCAUUACCAUUUUCCGGACACCAACGGACGAAACGACGGCUUGGAACGGGUGACAAAGGAAAUUGCGGGAAGGAUGUCGUGCCUCGUCUUUGAUUACAUACUACGCUUACCAGUGGUGAUUACGGCCAUUGACACCAGCAGGACGGUCACGGCUGAAUCCAUGAUCCGACUAGACCAGCCUUGA